GCAGCACGCUACGCCGUAGCCCCGUCGUAGAGCGUCUACGAAAAGGUAUCAAUGUGGUGCUAGUGAUGCGUCGUGAUGUGCACGAGGAUGGACCGCCGCGCCGUCAUCUCCGCCUCCACGCCGCGCAGCAGGGCGAUGGAUAAAUAUGAACAGCUGUCUGUGGUUGGCGAAGGCUCAUACGGCGUUGUGCUGAAGUGCCGGCGACGAGACACCGGCCAGCUCGUCGCCAUAAAGAAGUUCCUGGAGACAGAAGAGGAUACCGCCGUCAGGAAGAUGGCGCUGAGGGAGAUUAGGAUGUUGAAGAAACUCCGUCACGACCACCUCGUGAACAUGAUCGAGGUGUUUCGUCGGAAGCGGCGGUUCUACCUGGUGUUCGAGUACCUGGACCACACACUACUGGAUGAGCUGGAGGCCACACCGGGGGGGCUGGGGGAAGAGACGGCCAGGAGACAUCUGUACCAGCUGCUCAAGGGUGUGGAGUACUGCCAUCAGAAUUCUAUAAUCCACCGAGACGUAAAGCCCGAGAAUGUUCUAGUGUCCAACAACGGUAUAGUGAAGCUGUGUGACUUGGGAUUUGCUCGAGCCCUCGCCGCACCCGGAGAGCCUUACACGGAGUACGUCGCCACGAGGUGGUAUAGAGCGCCGGAGUUGCUGGUAGCGGAGCACAGAUACGGUCCCGAGGUGGACAUCUGGGCGGUGGGGUGCCUGUUCGCGGAGAUGCUGACCGGCGACCCGCUGUUCCCCGGCGACUCUGACAUCGACCAGCUCGCUCUCAUCGUUAAGAUCAUCGGUAAACUAGCCCCCCGUCACCAGCAAGUGGUGUCCCGGCUGGCGGGCGCGGGCGGGGCGGGGGCGCGGGGGGCAGCUCGCACCAACGGCAUACCUGGCACGGGACUGGCCCGGGAACUGAUGGCAGCGUGUCUGAGGACUGAGCCCCGAGCGAGGCCGACUGCUAGCGUGCUGUUGAGGCAUAAAUACUUCGUGGCGGACGGUUUUGCGGAGACCUUUAACGCGGAACUCCGGAAGAAACUAGGCAAAGACAUCGAAGCUAUUUCACCGCAGCAGCCGCCGGCACCAUCUCGCCCGGGGAAGCCUCGACAUCAGUGGACCCUCAAUGUCAUAUCAGCGGACCUCAGUAGAUCUCACCCCAGCAGCACUGCAGGGGAAUCCCUCAUUGACUACAACUAUGUACCGAAUGCGGAAAACGGUGACAUGGCUGACAAGAAAUCCCACAGUCCACCACUGAUUUUAGAUAAUACGAGUUCAAGUUUUGCCGCCCGGUCUCCGGCGCGCACGAUCCACACCAUCCAGAACUUUCCCCAGCCCAACAACAGCUACCCCAGGACGCCGUACAUCAAGAAAGUGAACACCAAGUUUCUGAUGGACGAGGAGGUUCUCCGAGCUCGAGGGAUGGUGAAGAAGACCAGCAAGAAAACUCUGCCAGACCUCUCCCUCCCAUACGUGUCAGGAGGUAAAUGCUUCAGGACAAGCAACAGUCCAUUGAAGAAGGCGAAGAAACCACAGAAGACCAUCAUUAAAAACUACGACCCCUGGGAAUACCAGAGCAACAUUUCUGACGUGACCGGUCAGAAGACCCCCACGCUACCGUACAUGUGACUGUACGGCCGCGGCUUGUGGAGAGCCGGCUACUGACAUAUCCAUUUUAUUUAUCAUUUAUUUGUCAUAUUUUUGCAAUAAGUACUACCGAAGAAAUUGCUUCAUAAGCAGAUGGCGGACCUUUUGUAAUUUGUUCGGGUUAUGUCAAGUCAUUAUUAAUCGCGAUUUAUCAUCUGGAUUUGGCACAAGGUGACCAAAUCUCGUAGGUCCAUCUGCCUAUGAAUCUAUUUCUCUGAUAGUACUAAGUUAUUUAUUAUUCACUUCUUUUCUUUUGUUUACAAGUUGUGAAUGUUGCCAGACUUGAGACUUGCUGUUUUGGGUAUUUUGUGUUGUAUUUAUUUAAAUGUUUAUGCAGUAUGCAUAUU